GAAGAGAGAAUGAUUCCACAAAACCUCCUUCAAAACCCGCUCGCUCUCACCACCCAGAAGUGCACUCUCGGCUGCCCCAUCCUCGAUCGCUGCCUCGCCGGUGGCGUUCCCUGCAACUCCAUCACUGAGCUAGUCGCAGAGAGCGGCUCCGGCAAGACCCAGCUCUGUCUCCAGCUCGUUCUUUCCGCCCAGCUCCCCACCUCCCUCGGCGGCCUCGCCGCCUCCUCCCUCUACAUCCACUCCGAGUUCCCAUUCCCCUCUCGCCGCCUUCAACAGCUCUCUCAAUCUUUUCGCUCUUCCUACUCCCACGUUCUGGAUUCCGAGUAUAAUCCGCUUGAUUUCGUGUUAGUGCGCGGAGUUCAGUCUGCGGACCAAUUAUUUGAUGUUUUGCUCAAGAUGGAUUCGGUUCUUUUGCGUCCGCCGACCCAGUUGCCUGUUAGGCUGAUUGUGAUUGAUUCUAUUGCGGCUCUGUUCAGGGGUGAAUUUGAGAACACCCCUUUUGAUCUAAAGCGGAGGUCGUCACUGUUUUUCAAGAUUUCGGGGAAGUUGAAGACUCUGGCUGAGAGGUUUGGGUUGGCGGUGGUGGUGACGAAUCAGGUGGUUGAUUUUGUGGGGCAAGCUGGGGGCUUGAAUGGGCUCAGGAUUGGGAAUUUGGGGAGUUUGUGGUCAUCUGGGAGGAGGGUUUGUGCGGCUUUAGGGCUGGCUUGGGCCAAUUGUGUGAACUCGAGGUUGUUCUUGUCGAGGAAUGAGGAGAUUGUGGGAGAAGUGACUGGUUUGGGGGGUGUGGGAGCUGGGGAUACGGUUAGUAGGCUAACUAGGCGGCACCUUCAUGUUAUUUUUGCACCUCAUUUGCCCGAAUCGUCUUGUGAGUUUGUGAUCUCAAGAGAAGGGGUUCUCGGAGUUGACAGAUAGUGAUCACUUUUUGAAAGGGAUGGUAUCAGAAGAGACAAAAGACGUGGACUUGUUUUUUUAACUUCAUUUCAAUUAUUUAAACGGGGUUCUGGAGGAGGAGAAUAUUGGGAAUUGUAUGUUUUUUUUUCCCUUUUCAACACAGCCUUCCUCCAUUUUGGUGCUUAAGGGUUAUGCUCCCUUUUUGGUAGGUGCCCUUAAAUUAAUCCAUGGAUUUUGGAUCUAUUUUUGUUAACUUCAUAGAGCUACUGCUCCAGGAACUUCAAGCAGCAUGCUAUGACAUCUCAGAAACUAGACCCUGUCUGCCCACAGAAGAAGCGAUGAUUACUUGGAAAGGUCUCUGCUCUUGGGGAAGGUGGGAGUUCACAAAAGGAGCAAAAAAGUGAAAUAUUGAAUGGUGGAGGAAAUGGAAAAAGUGAAGGAAAAUCAGAUCAUUGUCUAUAGAAAUUGUUCUGAAUGACAUUUUUGGAACCUUCUUUGCGCUCAUGGUCUGAACUGUUAAACUUACAUGUAGAUAAAUUGUAUGUAUUUUAGGCUAAGUGACAAGAAAAAUGCCAAAGAUUCCACCACAAUUAAGAUGUAAUUGGCAUAAAGCCAAUUCUUGUUCAAAAGAGUAUGCAAUUAGCUAAGCAAUCUCCUUAGAGAUUGAGUCAUCA